AUGGUUCUUUUUUUGGUGGCCGUUUUAGCUGCAAUAUCUUGCAUCAAUGCUCAAACUCUUACAACACAACCUGAUGCAACAUCAACAUCAACACCACAUGCUGCUAUUAAAGAUACUUGGUCUGACUAUAGACCCAUCAAACUCGAUCGCGAUGCUGGAUUGUUGGCUUUUUUGCCAUAUAAUCUUGAACAGCGAAAAAUUCUAAUGUCGAAUGCCGAAAAUGCAUGGGUCAAUCUUGAAUCAAAAAUAAAGCAUCACGGCCAAAAAUCAAAUCCCUUUCCUGCUCUCAAGCAUAUCCGAAACAAUAUCGAAAUCCUUACUGAUAAACAGUUCCAGCUUGGGUUAUUGAAUACAUUUGCUCGAGCUCGCGACGCACAUACUACCAUGACAUUAGCUGGUCCGUAUAGUUGCUUUUUCGUUACCACGGGAAUUUCUUUUCAGUUCAUUGAUGGUCCAGGCGAUAUGAUCAAAAACCCAACAAUCGUCGUCAGCCAACCCGUCGAUCGUGAAAUAUUAGACCUACUACGUAAUACUGCUUAUAGCCAAAUUAGAGUUGGAGAUCAACUUGUCGGCAUUAACGACCUCACUUUUUACGAAUGGAAAAACAAACAUCAAAAUGCCAUUGGUGGAUCCACCGAGUCUCAUAGCCAGCGUCUAGCGUUAAAAUACUUGACCUUCAGAUAUGGAUCUGAUACUCCACUUCCUGAUGAAGACUCUAUCAAGUUUAAAUUUAAAUCUCGUGGCGGCACCAUAUACGAAGUUGAUGUACCGUACAUGUCUAUAUAUCGACAUAUUUGCUGGGAAUACUCUAGCAAACUUUACACACAGCUGACAGGCGUGACUCUUGAUAUACAUUUACAAAAUACAGCCGCUGUAAAAUCCAAUAGUCAUGCAUUGCCAACUACAACAGUCGAUGAUCAUACCACAGGUUCCCAAUCUACCAUGUCUUUGCUCACUCCUCGUCAUAUUCGAAAACGGGAUCAAAGCAGUCAGGAUCAAGAUACAGGACGAUUGUCAAAACGUGAUUUAUGGAUUAUAUUUCAUGAAACGAGUAUACUCGAACUAUCUUGGACAAUUUGGAAACCUGACAGCCAAAAUAUGGGAAUAAUCAAACUGACAUCGUUCGAGUGCACAUCCCGCACAACAAACUUGAUGUCAGUUCUUGAAGCAAUUCGUGAAGUGAGAGGACUAUUGAAGACAGUACUCAAAGACACUAAUUCUAUUUUGAUCGAUGUUCGUGAAGGUGGUGGUGGAAGUAUGCGUUUUGCAAAUGCCAUUCCACAGCUAUUCAAGAGCAAUAUUGAGCCAUUUAAAGUGAAGUAUCUUAGGAACAAGGUCACAUACAAUAUGUUUGUAAAAUCACCCAUAGAUUUGAGAUCGUCUCGUAAUGCUUGGUCCAAAACAUCACCCGACGACAGUAAGUACUCACUAUUCCAUGAUUUUACGGAUCCAGAGAAUAUCAUCACUUGCAGUAAGGUUUAUACCAAACCAAUGGGUGUAUUUACCAGUGGUGAUUGCGUUUCUGCAUGUGAAAUCGUGGCAGGAACUGUGCAGUCGUAUGACAUUGGAACAGUGUUUGGUGAGGAUAUCACAACAACUGGCGCUGGUGCAAAUGUUUGGAAUUUAGAUCCAGACCUUAUCCUUUAUGAUCCGACAGACUUUAAACCAAUGCCAUUCAAAAAAGAGUUGACAUCUCAUAACAAGGAGGCAUUUUAUAACCAAAUGACUGUAGGUCAUCGAGCACUUGUUCGUAAUGACAAUCAUAAAGAAAAGUGGAUUGAAGAUAUUGGUAUCGUAUCUGAUGUUGUAAUCCGACCACAACUAGAAGAUAUUAUUUUUGACACAACGGAUAAUUCGCAGUACAAUUAUAUUGCAAACUAUUUGAUUGAAGUUGGCAAAAGACCAGCCAAAACAGUCUGA